AACUGCACGUUAGUCGCCUACCUGUGGUCUCCCAAUCAAGCACUUCCCUUUUCUGUUUUUAACACGAGAGAAAAUGAUUCUGUGAGCACUUUCUUGAAAAAUUCCCUUUCUACCUUGCUCUCUCUGGCUCGUGGAGAGAAGACGCGACCCGAUCAUUCUCACACUUUCUCCAACAAAUUUAGUCUUAUAAGGAGGAGGAGAAUAAAGUGACAGGGCUGGCUAAUACUCGCGAAGUUGGGGGCUAGGGAGAAACCUCUGCUCUGCUUCGCUUCCUCCAAAUGGCGAGCUAUUUCAGAGGGCAGCGGCUGGAGCCUUCUUCGGAUGCCCCCCGGCCCGGUUACCGGAGGGACAGGGGCGGGCGCAAGCGGCUGACGGCGCAGAAGAGGAAGGAGAUCAAGGAGGCCUUCGACCUCUUCGACACCGAUGGCUCCGGCACCAUUGAUCCAAGGGAGCUCAACGUUGCAAUGAGAGCUCUGGGGUUUGAGAUGACGCCGGAGCAGAUCCAGCAGAUGAUCGCGGAGGUGGACAAGGACGGCAGCGGGACGAUCGACCUGGACGAGUUCAUACACAUGAUGACGGACAAGAUGGGCGAGAGGGACGCCAGGGACGAGCUCCACAAGGCCUUCCGGAUCAUCGACCAGGACGCCAACGGGAAGAUAUCGGACAUGGACAUCCAGCGGCUGGCCAUCGAGGCCGGCGAGCACUUCACGCUCGACGAGGUCAGGGAGAUGAUCGAGGCCGCCGACGAAAACGGUGACGGCGAGGUCGACAUGGAGGAGUUUAUGAAGAUGAUGAAGCGGACGGGCUUCGGUGCCGGAUUCUAGAAGUAGAAGUGAUGAGCAGAGGACAAGUGCGGGGUGGAAGGAGUGCCAAGCACUGGGCCGACAGAGUUAGUCGGUUGUACUGUACAUGUGCCUACCAGACCAUGCUGCGUACGUGCAUGUAGUUUCGCAUGUUUGCACCUGUGGUAAACUGCGUCUAGGGUCCAUCAAUUUGUCCUGUGGAAACAUUUCAGUCCAUCAAUUUGAGAAAUGUACUGGACUAGUCUUCAAACUGGCAAACGGGUUCCCAAAAUCA